CAGAGCACUGAAAUCAGACUCUCUGUUUCUUUUCGCCUUCCGUUUUCACAUUCGAUUCGAACUCUCUUCCUCUCUUUCUCUCUCUAUAUCGAAGAAGAUCGAAGGCGAGGCUCGGCGUGUUUGACCGUUCGAAUUGGCCCAGUCUGAUCGGUUUGCCGUCUCUUUCUGGCGGGAUUCGCCUUCAGCUGCUCUCCAAUGGCGCUGCGGGGAUCGUACGGUCUCAGUCCUCAAUUAGAUAUUGAGCAACUACAACUGGAAGCCCAACAUCGGUGGCUUCGGCCUGCUGAAAUCUGUGAAAUUCUUCGCAAUUAUCAGAAAUUUCAGAUCUCGUCCGAACCCCCAAAUAGGCCACCAAGUGGUUCCCUAUUUCUGUUUGACCGGAAGGUUCUGAGAUACUUUAGGAAAGAUGGGCAUAAUUGGAGGAAGAAAAAAGAUGGCAAAACUGUGAAGGAAGCACAUGAGAAGCUAAAGGUUGGAAGUGUUGAUGUGCUGCACUGCUACUAUGCUCAUGGUGAAGACAAUGAGAAUUUUCAAAGACGUAGUUAUUGGAUGCUUGAACAGGAUCAGCACAUUGUUUUCGUCCACUACUUGGAAGUUAAGGGAAAUAGAGCAAAUGUUGAUAGCAUCAGGGAGCAUGAUGAUGUCUCCAGUUUAAAUCAGGGCAGUCCGUUGUCCUUCAGCUUUACUGCAAACCACAGUGCAACACCAUCAGGAAACACUGACUCCACAAGCCCUACCAGUACUCUGACGCAAUUAUGUGAAGAUGCUGAUUCUGGAGACAUCCGUCAAAUGAGUUCUGGUUUCCAUUUGAUUGAGUCAAUGCACCAGCAGAGAGCUCCUGGGAUUGAUAAGGUGGAUGCUGCAGCUUUGAAUAACCAUCUCUCAUAUUCUCCUCCAGGCAAUCUUGAAGACCAGCGCACAAAUCCUGGUGUACAAUUUAAUUCAAGUGUGGACAUUAAUGGACCAAGAAGUAGUGUUGGUGGCAUUUCAAUUCAGAAGUCACUUGGUUUGGCAUCAUGGGAAGAUAUUCUGAGACAAUCCUUGGCAGGAUCUGAUGGCCUACCUUCUAAUGCAUCAACAUCCUCUAGCCAAGCAGCAACCUCAGGAGUCCUUGUGCAAGAAAAUUCGAUCUUAAGUGACCUUUUAGGAGGAGAUACUUCCAUUAAACAAACGUUUGUUUCCUCUGCACAAUUCCAGCCAAAUUGGCAGAACAAUGGUGAAGGCAAUUCUCUUCACACAUCUGGAUGGUCCGUGGACCAUCCAUUGGAGUUGGACUUGGCUUAUGAACCACACUCUAGGUUACUUGAGCAAAUAAAACAUGAUAUGGAUUCUCAAAUAGGGUUUGAGCAGCCAGAGUCAGUUUAUUGUCAACCUAACCAGCAAUGGGAGCAGCACGGAUUGGGUAACUUUUCAAACACUGAAAAUCCCGAUAUAUUGAACUCGAAUUCAGGGAGAGAUGUUCCUACAGAUGGAGAUGCCAACUAUUCUUUUGCUGCGAGACGGCUACUAAAAGAUGGAGAAGAGAGCCUGAAGAAAGUAGACAGCUUCUCUAGGUGGGUUUCUAAAGAACUGGGAGAAGUCGAAAGUUUGCAGAUGCAGUCUUCAUCAGGGUUAUCCUGGAGCACUGUCGAAUGUGAAAAUGCGGUUGAUGAAUCCUCAUUGAGCCCCUCCAUUUCCCAGGACCAGCUUUUCAGCAUUGCUGACUUUUCUCCCAAGUGGGCUUACACUGACUCUAAAAUUGAGGUACUGAUCGUAGGAGCAUUCUUGAAGAAUCAAAGAGAGGUGGCACAGUGUAACUGGUCAUGUAUGUUUGGGGAAGUGGAGGUUCCAACACGAGUUUUAGGCGAUGGGCUUCUUUCUUGCCUAGCUCCAAGCCACAGUGUUGGACAAGUCCCUUUUUAUGUUACGUGUUCCAAUAGGUUGGCUUGUAGUGAAGUUCGUGAAUUUGAUUAUCGAGCAGGCUCUGCGAAUGUGGAUGUGAGAGAUGUGUACAGUUUUUACAUGAAUGAGAUACACUUUCAUACGCAACUAGAGAAGCUCUUGUCAUUGAGUUCUAUCAGAAAUCUGGACAUUUCUUAUGAGGGCCUUAUGGAGAAACGGAAAAUUAUUAACAAGAUCAUAGCAUUGAAGGAGGAAGAUGAGAACGUGCAGGUGUUAGAGGCUGCAUCUGAGAGUUCCUUUCAGAGCCAGACGAAGGAACGGGCUCUUCAGACAAUUACAAAAGAGAAGCUGUACUCAUGGCUCCUUCAUAAAGUUGUUGAAGGUGGUAAGGGACCUUGUCUAUUAGAUGAACAAGGGCAAGGUGUACUACAUUUAGCUGUUGCUCUUGGUUAUGAUUGGGCCAUUAGACCAAUUUUAGCUGCUGGAGUUAGUAUCAAUUUCCGUGAUGCUAAUGGAUGGACAGCACUUCAUUGGGCUGCAUUCUGUGGCAGGGAGCAGACAGUUGCUGCUCUUGUCUCCCAUGGCGCUUCUCCUGGUGUUCUUUCAGACCCAUCCCCAGAAUUUCCCUUGGGCCGAACGCCUGCUGACCUUGCUUCAGUCAAUGGGCACAAAGGAAUUUCAGGCUUUCUUGCAGAGUCUUCUUUGACCAGCUAUCUCAAGGAACUCACAGUGACCGAACCGAAUGAAGAUGCUGCCUCAGAAGUUACUGGACCAAAGGCUUUCCACACUCUCUCCGAGCGGUCAGCGACUCCUUUCAGUCAUGGUGAUGUGCCAGAGGCCCUCUCACUGAAGGACUCCUUGACAGCUGUCUGUAAUGCGACGCAAGCCGCUGAUCGUAUACAUCAGAUGUUCAGGAUACAGUCUUUCCAGAGGAAACAGCUGGAGUUUGGUGUUGAUGAGUCUGAAUUAGAUGAACAAGCUCUUUCUCUUACAGCUGCUAGGAACCGCAGGGCUUUGGCGAGUAAUGGGCUUGCUCAUACUGCCGCAAUACAAAUACAGAAGAAGUUCCGGGGUUGGAAGAAGAGAAAAGAGUUCCUAAUCAUUCGGCAAAGAAUUGUUAAAAUCCAGGCUCAAUGGAGAGGACAUCAGGUGAGGAAACAGUAUAGAACCAUCAUCUGGUCCGUAGGGAUCCUUGAGAAGAUUAUAUUAAGGUGGAGGCGCAAAGGCAGUGGCUUGCGGGGAUAUAAGUCUGAGACCGUCAGUAAGGAUCCGAUUCAACAGGUCGUGCCCCAGAAAGAGGACGAUUACGACUUUCUCAAGGAAGGACGUAAGCAGACUGAGGAGCGGUUGCAAAAGGCUCUUACUAGGGUUAAGUCUAUGGUUCAAUAUCCUGAGGCUAGGGCUCAGUACCGCAGGAUACUGACUGUUUGCGAAGGUUUCCGUGAAAAGAAGGGAUGUGAGAUGGUUCUGAACAGCACCAAGGAAGCAGUCGAAGGGGAAGAUGACAUGGUCGACAUCGACUCUCUGUUGGAUGACGAUGCUCUCAUGUCCAUGACAUUUGAAUGAGGAGCAUUUGACUCGCAAAAAGAGAUGAAAUUUCUAAUUUAAUUACCUUCACCUCACCUGUACAUAAAUUCUGCCAGUGGUUUGCUGCAGCAGUGUAGGGUGUCUUAUUAAUUAGAAUGCACUUACACAUAUAUAAACAAAUAUCUGUUCGUAUAUGUUCUUACCAUUUCACCGGUAUAGUAAAUUGUCUUUGAGUAGCCUGAACAGGUAUGAGAUAGAUACUGUCGGGUGAAUAUUGUUCGUUUGAACAGGUUGAUCCUGGUGAUAUGCAAUGGAUCUCGAAUUAACUUAA